AUGUCUGAAUCUGUCCCGAGGAAGCCCAAGAUUACAGCAUCUCGACGGCUAUAUUUAAAAACCAAAAUCUUAAAGAAAGCGAGCACAUUGCUUGAGGAGGAGAAAGAGCAGAAAAAGCUGGACAGAGAGCAAACCCUCAGUGAAAGAGUUCCUCCUCUCAAACUCUCCGGACUGUCAGUUCAGGACUUACAGAAUCUAUGCAAAGAACUGCACCAAAAAAUCGAUGUUGUUGAUGAGGAGCGAUAUGAUGUUGAAUCUAAAGUUACCAAAAAUGAAAAAGAGAUUGUAGAUUUAAACCAUAAAAUCUUCGAGCUGAAGGGUAAAAUGAAGAGACCUGCCUUGAAGAGAGUGAGAGUGUCUGCUGAUGCCAUGUUGGGAGCUCUGCUCGGUGCCAAACACAAAGAGUCCAUUGACUUUAAAGCAAACCUAAAGACAGUGAAGAAGGAGGAGGAAAAGAAAGAGGAAGUGACCGACUGGCGUAAAAAUGUCGAUGCGAUGUCAGGCAUGGAGGGCAGGAAGAAGAUGUUUGCUGGACCAAGUUCUUAAUACGAUUUUACCCCCCCCAAAAAAAUGAAAUGUAUUAACUCGCUAGUUAGUUUCCAUCAAGAGGUUCUAAACCGUUGAGAUUAUUUAUAUCUUCAAAGAAGAUAUUUUGAAGAAAGCUGAAAACCUGUAACCAACCAUUGAUUUUCACAGUAGGAAAAGCAAAUACUAAGGAAGUAAAUGGUUACAUGUUUCUGAGAUUUUUUUAAAAUACACUAUUUUGUGUUUUAAAGAACAAUGAAACUCAUAAAGGCUUGAAAGAAGUAGCCUAAAGUGUGAGUAAAUAAUGACAAAAUUUCUUUUUGGGGGUUGACUAAACUUAUAUUGGUUUUAUUGCAUUUACAGCUGGCUGAAUGAAACAAUUAUAAGCUGUUAUCGAGCUGUUUACAGCUCAAAUGCUCAUUGACAUACACAUAUAAAAUAUAUAUUUAUUUUAAUAUAUGAUUAUUAUAUAAUUGCACUUGUCAUUAUAUAAUAAUGAUUAUGUUGUAAUGAUAUUUAUAUAUGUGAAUAUUUAGUAACAAUAAAGCUAUCAUGUGUUUUGGUUUGUUUUGA